AGCCAGGGAGACGUAAUAAAUAAACAAGUUAAUUAGAGACUGGCUAUACCCUAUAAUAGAAGCAGAGGGUGGCCCAGGUGGAAACCUCAUUCCCUUGAUGGGGUUAUAAUGAGGGGCUGGCUGAAGCAGAAGUCACCAGCCUGGGGGAGGGCACCCCAGGUAGAGGGAACCAAGGAACAAAGUUUGACCAAUAGCACCAGGCGUGGUGUGAAGAAGUGAGCGGGCCAGUUUGCUAGAGCCGUGUCAGGCCUGGCUCUGUGGCUAGCCAAGGGAGCGGGUGUGCAGGGGAGGGUGUGAGCAGGUGCUGGUUCCAUCUGUGUCGCUGCCGUCCUCUGAGGUCACACUGCUGGCAACAGCUGCAAAGGCUGUGGGUCCUCCAGGGGUGUGCUACUCGUAGCUGGGACAGGAUGGUAGCCUGAGAGAGACAGCCUGAAGGCAAGCUUCCCUUGUCGCUGCUGAAAACAGCUCAGAAUCACCCAAUGUUGGUAGAGCUCAAAAACGGGGAGACGUAUAAUGGGCAUCUGGUGAGCUGUGACAACUGGAUGAACAUCAACUUGCGUGAGGUGAUCUGCACAUCCAGGGAUGGGGACAAAUUCUGGCGGAUGCCCGAGUGUUACAUCCGUGGCAGCACCAUCAAGUACCUCCGCAUCCCUGACGAGAUCAUCGACAUGGUCAAGGAGGAGGUGGUGGCCAAGGGCCGUGGCCGCGGUGGCCUGCAGCAGCAGAAGCAGCAAAAGGGCCGUGGUAUGGGGGGUGCUGGAAGAGGUGUGUUUGGUGGCCGGGGCCGAGGUGGCAUCCCAGGCACUGGCAGAGGUCAGCCAGAAAAGAAGCCGGGCAGACAGGCGGGGAAACAGUGAGCACCCCCUCUGCUCCCCAGAGACUGAGCCGAAAUCACCAGGCAUCUGCUCCCACUCCCAAGGCCGCUUUUCUACUCUCCAGUUCAUAAGUCUUUUCAGCACAAAAAGAAGAGGCAGGUAUCUGGGGGAGGACCCCCUGCCUGUCAUCUUGCGAUCCUCCCCCCUUUUUUUAGCUAGUGGUUCUACAGUUGGAAAUGUUAUUCUGUGCUUCUGGGUUUGUGACGUCACAGCCCACUUGAUUCCUGGAAGAUUCUGUUUAAUGCAUCUUUACAGCACUCACUCUUCUUUUAAGGGCAGGCAUUUUCCCAACAGGUUUGUUCUGCAUUUUGUGUUAGAUCCCCGUGUGGUGAGCAGACGGGAGGUCUUUAUUUUAAGCUCUUUGCACUGAGAUUGACAGCCUGGAGAGUUUCCUAAAACACAGACCCCGAAAUUGCCUUGUCAAAACGUAUGCUCUAGAAGCUGUUCUGGGAUGACGCUGGGCCCCAUCCCUUCGCCUCCUCUCUCCCUCUUUGUAUUACAAAAAUAAAAACAAAUACAACAAAUACAAA